AUUUAUUUUAAUUUUAUGGCAACAUUGCAAAAAUGUCGGUCGACUGUGGUUUACUACUUUUCUGACAAAAUUUUCUGAAUAGAAAUUAAUUUAUUGUAUUCGUGACGUUCUUAGAAUUAAUUUUCUUUGCGUCGUAUGUAACUGCAUCUCCUAACCUAGUUUAAAGCGACAAUGGUUAAGAAAAAGAGACAGAGUGAUCCCAGCGAGAAUGGAGACGAAUCGACGGAGUCUUGCGAUGAGACAACGAAGUCUGCAUGUCCUCAUGUAGCUAGAGCAGUGGAGCUUGCCAAGCUGAAACGAGCCUUAAAAACAAAUGGCUUCGAGAAAGAAUGCGUUGAGUGCAAGAAAAGUACUAAAACUGAGGUGACCGACUCAGAUUUUGAGGAAGACCUAACUCUUUGGAUGUGCUUACGUUGUGGCUCCCAGCUAUGUGGUCGUAUGCGAAACAAGCACGCUCUGAACCACUUCAACACCCCACACUCAGACCUACAUGCAAUAACAGCUAACACAACGACUUGGGAGGUUUAUUGCUACACUUGCAACAAUGAAAUUGCCGCUACCAGCUCUAAGAAACUUCACGAAUGCAUCGAAUAUCUGAAGAAACAGUCCAAUUGUAACCCAAAACUACCACCAAUAGAACUACCCCUUGAAACGCCGGGUCCAAAAAUUUUAGAACUGACAAUGCCGUUAGAGACUGUUCUUAGAAAUGAUAAGGGUAAAGAUAAAGCUAUAGCAUUGAACUUGCCUCGUGUACGAGGUUUAACGAAUCUAGGAAAUACAUGCUUCUUUAACUCUGUCAUGCAGUGUUUAGUUCAAACACCAUAUUUGUUGAAUGUUUUGCAAGAAAUGGCAAACCCAGGCGAGAGGUUCACUUUGCCUGGUGGCAAAUUGAAACUUAAAGGGGAGCAGAGUGGGGACGAGGGUAAGGAAAUGGAUCUUCCCCCCAUUACGGGGAAGCUGGCUGAAUGGGGACCACUGACAAGAACUUUGUCUGAAACAUUGGCUGAGUUACAGGCAGGUGAUGGUGGUGUGUACACGCCAAGAAAGUUGCUGUCGGCACUGGUUACCAAAUUACCACAAUUUGGUGGCGGAGACCAGCACGACGCGCACGAGCUGUUGCGGCACUUGCUUGAAGCUGUCAGUGUUUUCCAAUUCAGAUCGGAGGACCUGCGUCGUUACCAGUCGGUGAUCCUGAGCAGCCUGGGCAUGAACUCCAAGGUGGACCCGGCCACGGUGGCCGGGGAGGUGCGCCAGAAAGUCAAGUUCUAUGGACAACAGGCUUCUGACACCAUGCUUAGGCCUGAACAGGUGUUCCGUGGUUUCCUGGUGUCAACACUGGAGUGCCAGGAGUGCUUCCACCAGUCAGACCGCGCGGAGUACUUCCUCGACCUCUCGCUACCGGUCGCGACCUCCCGCCCUCAGCCGCCCGCGCUCGUGAGGAGGAAAACGCCUAACGACGAUAACCUUUACAAUACGCAAGAAGACAACAAGCCGUCAAAGCAUCAGUUGAAAAAGGAAAAAAGAAUGGCUGCCAAAAAAUUCGGGAGGAAGAACAAAGGUAACUCAACCUCAAACGACAAAGGUGACGCCAACGGUGCUAAGGAAGACGGGAAAUCCUCCUCCGAGCAAUCCGAUGCGGAUGUCGAAGAUAACCUCGAAGACUUACCACGAGCGUCCAACACACAUACGUCCGCAGCAACACAAGCUGUGACACAUACAGCGUCUAACUUUGCUGCAUACCUAAUGGAGUCCGGUUACAACUCCGAAAAAGUAAUCAGCUCCGACUCAAUCCGUACCAGCCCGGUCGAUAUGGACAAAGAGAAAACGGAUAACACCCCAGAAUCCACGGAUAAGGAUAAAGACUUUUCCCAAGCGUCAACGAAUACAAUCACAUUAGAAAAUAAACCUUUAAUACCUUUAGACAAUUUUAAUUCCAAUCCGGACUCAGGUGUAGCCAGUCCAGAAGCAACAAAACAUAAUUCAACAGAAACGGUUGAUAAUGUUGAACUAUCACCGAUCAACGGAAAGGAAUUAGGCAGUCAUAGCUCUUUGUCCAGCGAAAUUAAUCUAGAUUUAUCAAGUCCUCAACACAAUAAAAUAUCCCCAGUUAAAAGUGAUUUCGAACGACCAGUUUCGAGAAUAUCAUUCGCUCCUGAAUAUUCAAACGAAGUUGUCUCUAGAGGUAUCAGUGUACAGGCUAGUCGAGAUUUGUUCGAACAUAACUGGGAGUACAAUAAUACUAGAAACGAAGAUAAUAUGUUGUUCCAAGAAUCGAAUAGAGAGGUAACGAACAAGCUAGAAGAAUUGAAACUCGAUAUGGAUUCGGAAGAUAAGUCGAAACCAACUUGCCCUUCUCCUGUGUUGACGGAAAGUGUUCUAGAUCCUCCGCCAACUGUUCCCAGACGUUACUUCAGUCCAAGCUCUUCAGUACGACUCAAACCGGAAGAAAAGAGUAUAGAAACCGAUAUUUCGAGCAGCUACCGUUAUAAUAACUCAUCCCCAAGAUAUAUCUGUGAUGAGGACGAAUGUUCCAUACAAUCAUGUUUAAGCCAAUUCACAGCAUUAGAACUACUUACUGGCAAUAAUAAAGUUGGUUGCGAAACAUGCACUGAAAGAAUCAAUGGAAAAGAUGGGAAAACUGUUUAUACGAACGCAACUAAACGAUUUUUAGUAUCAAGUCCACCGGCUAUUCUUAUCCUGCAUCUGAAAAGGUUCCAGAUUGGGCCGAGAUGUAUGUUCCGGAAGAUGUCGAAACAUGUGGAUUUCCCUACAAUUUUGGAUUUAGCUCCGUUCUGUGCAAUGGAUAAGCUUAAAAAGCUCCCCAAUGUAGCUCGGGGACAGAAUGAGCUACUUUAUUCUUUGUAUGGAAUCGUGGAGCACUCAGGGGGAAUGCACGGAGGACACUAUGUAGCUUACGUCAAAGUACGUCAGCCGGUCAAACCUGGUGAUCCGAGAUGGUGGUUCCUCCCAAAAAGUGCUAACAUCCCCGCUCCGGGAAGUGGAGACGCUGAUGGGGACUCGGAGUCAGAUCUUUCGGGGUACGAGUCAGGAGAAGGUGCAGCCCCGAGCAUGGAACCACCCCCUGGAAAAUGGUACUAUGUUUCUGACAGUUUGGUGUCUGAAGUGAGCGAGGAUAAGGUUUUGCGUGCGCAGGCCUAUCUACUGUUCUACGAGAGGAUUUUAUAAAUCCUAAAAGUAGGUCACAAACUUUUCGAUCGGUCGACAGUUCAGUCAUCUUAGGCUAAGUCAUCAAGACCUUAACAUCUUUGUUCUACGACUCAAGUGUAACCAUUAAGCAUAAACUAGUAUGCCAAUAGAAAACUUAGUAAAAUAAAAAUCAUUAAUACUGAAUUUGUGAAAGUUAACUCAAAACACGAUAACGUGUUUCGAUCUCGAAAUAGAUCAACGUUGACGAUCGAUGUCAAACUAAAUCUAAGACCGCGUAUACACGUACAGACUGUAUCGAGCAGUAAUCCUAGUACAAGUUUUUAUAGUUUUAGAAAACAAAAAACAUUAUCAAGUUCCUUAUACAUCUACAGCUAGCGCGCCUGUCAAAAACUUUUAAAUAAAAAAAUCGCUAGUCUGGCUGUUGUAUUGAAUUGUUUGUUUAUAAUAUAAUCUGUCUAUUUACCAAUUUGAAUCUUGCAACUAUCGGCCGAUCGUUUAGACUAACUUGCGAAGUUCUUGAACUGACGGCCUAGAAAGUGGAGUGGUAUUUACGAAGACUGACGCUCGGAAUCGAGUAUAGUGAAGUGCGAGACUAUAUAGCUUUCUUUUCAUUGGCUUUCUUUGAUUUUACAAGCGAGUUACAGUAA